CUUGAAUUCGAGCAAUUCCAAACCGCCAAUAUGCGCCUCGUACGUAAUCGGGUGACGCAAAUGUCCUAUCUUCAUGAAUUUAUUCGCGACGCUUCUGCUCGAUGGAAAUCGACGAAUCCGACCAUAAAUACCGAGUCAACGGAGAUCAACACGAACCCCAAACCGUUGGAAUGGGCCAAUUUGUGGCGUGCUCGGAUCAGACAAACACGUGGUAGAAACAAGAAGCGAUCUGCCAUUGCCAGUGGUCCAAAUGAACAAGCUGGAAUGCAAUUUUUGUCCAGCUGUCAAGCGGGGAUGGUGGAGCAGGUGAAACGAGACAUGUUGCAAAACGGAUUCAGACCAACCUGUCUAGUAGGUGUGGAUCCGAAUGUGGCUGAUCAUCAAGGUUGUUUUGGUCUCUUAUGGGCUGUGGUGAUGCAGUCAAAGGUUAUCGUGAAUGAACGGGAUCGUCUUCUGCCAGCCUGUAGUUCGCACCGAAGUACAGUCCUUCAAUAUUAG